AUCAUGGGAUUAUUAAACAAAACUAAUAACAACAUCGCUAUCGUCAUCAGUUUGAUAAGGAGUUGUGCUCAUCAAACAUGAUUUGAGUUGUAGUUCGGAGUGCAAGCACUUUAUUCGAAAUUGUUUUCCGAACAUGAUUUGGAUCAUUCCGGUGCUCCUGAUCUUUAUUCCAGGGACAGUGAAGGGGUCCAUUCUCGUUUUGGGAGGGACUGGGACCGCCAGCUCGUACCUGAGCUCCGUAGAAUUAAUCACCGGGAACGGUACGAACUGUCUUUUCCCUAACUUGACGCAAGGAAGAUACGGAGCAGUGGCCGAGAAUUUGAAUGGCAUCAUCUACGUUUGCGGAGGUUUCACGGAGGAGGAUCCAUUCAAUUCGAGAACUUGUGAGGAGUUCGGCUUCCAUAAUAACACUUGGUCCAAGAGCAUCCCAAUGAGCGUAGGAAGAGGUUUCCCAUCCAGUGCUUUUGUCCUUAGCACAAUGGUCGUCUUGGGAGGCGAAAAUUCUGGCGGACAAAUAUCAUCAACAGAGUAUUUGGAUCGUGAGGCAGGCUAUUGGAUGGAAGGCGUGACAAUGAGCUCUAACGUGGAAGCGGCGUGUUCGGUGGCCAUUUCCGAGUCUAGCCUGGUAAUUGUGGGCGGUACUAGUGGCUCGUUCCUGUCCAAAGUGGAACUCUUUGAUAUUGAAACGUACGAGUGGACUCGCCUUUCCGAUCUUCGCCGUGGCCGUUAUGAUCAUGGAUGCUUAUUAGCCGAUGUGAACGGAACUCUAGGGGUGAUUGUUACGGGAGGUCAAGUUUCUUCAGGGGCCACAUCAACGGUUGAGUUUUUGAAUCUCAAGACCUGGGAAUGGAGCGACCUUCCAAGUCUGAAUUCCCCUCGAUCAGGUCAUGAGAUGGGUCUUUUAGGCGGGUAUCCAACCGUCUUGGGCGGAUACUUUUCGGGAGUUACAGAACAGUUCAUAAAUGGAUCUUGGAUUCAAACCCCAGAGAAUAAUCUUCGUGUGGAACGAGCGUGGUUUAGCAAAGUGGCGGUGGGCAAUUUAAGUUGCGAUGAUGUAUUACAUUAAGAUAACAAUAAAUAGAAGACCUAAUGCUAUUAACC